GUGGAGCAGGGCCGGCUGUGGCGGAGGCUGCCGGUGCUCAUGCAGCAGGCAACGCUGUGAAGAACUUAGCUGAUGUAAAAGCCCUGCCGACAGAGCUGGAACGUGGCGCUACGUUCCAAUCCCAAGACGCCCAGAAGCUCACACCCGAGCCGAAGUCCGACACCGAGCGAACCCGAGAACUCCCUGGAAAACCUCUUUUGCACGUGCAACCGGCACGCGAGACGGCCCCGAUCAACCGCCCCAGUGACCACGGCCCCCUGGCUGGCCGGGCCUUCUCCCCAACCAGAGGAGCCAGGACGCCGCCGCCGCCAGAGUCCACGUAUCCAUCCUCGGAUGAGCAGGAGACACCCGCCAAACCGCCCAAGAAGGCCAGGAUGAGCGAUGACCCCAACUACUGGAA